UCAGUAAAAUACUAUAGUCAGGUAGAGUUGUGAUGGCUGUGUGCUAACAUGGAUUUGUGAUUAUAAUAAAGUCUCGCAGUGAGCUAACAAAGUGUUCUACCUGCUGCACCGUUUAUUUCAACUCACCUGGUGUACAGUGAAACAUUGAUGUGUGCUAUAAUUGACACAAAUUGAGUGAACAUUUGAGGAUUAAAUUUUAUUUUGCAUUUUAUAGGAAACUCAUUUGGACGUUUAUAGAAAGCAAGUGGUUUAACACUGAUAUGUUCGUGCAAAGAUUAUCUAUUCCUUGAUUUUGGACAAAUUUAUUGGUGAAAAAUAACAGAAUUACAUGUUUUUUAUAUAGAAUUGUGGAUUUUUACAAGCAUUGUGAAAAUAAGUUGGUUUGAUUUGGAAUGUUAAACUUGGAUCCAACACUAGAACAGCGCAGUGCCAUGUCUUUGUUGGAGCCCCGACUAGCUGACUUAAGGGCAGGGUUUGGUGGAUACAGUUUUGGGGGGCCAGGAAUCAGUGGACUCCCGCCCAGCCCCCUGCUGCCUCUAUGGCGGGCCCCACCCCCAGGCCCUCCUGUGUCACUGUGUACGAUACCCUCGUGCCAGUGUGCCCUCUCUGUGUCCCGGUCUUAUCUCUCCGCCCCGGACCUCUAUGAUUAUCCGGCAUAUUCAGCAUACUCCGCUGCAUAUUCUUGGUAUCUCAAGUCAGCUCAAGAUUCCCUGUACAAGGGGCUUCCCCCGAUGGGGCGACCAUCACCCUUACAUGACCGGACCCCUCUCUCUGGUUCCCCUCCCGCCCCACCCAUGGAACACAGCGACCAUCGUGCCUCACCUGGCAAGCUUCUGCCUACCAAGAUCAGCAAACAUGAGCGUGUGAAAGCUUGGCUGGAGGUGUCCACCAGGCCUCCAAAGUAUGAGAAGGAAUCCUCCCACCCUGUCAAUGGGACAACACACAGAGUUGUAAGAUCGGUUACACCACCUGACUACCACGAGGCAAUCAGUGGAGAGGGCUACCAGCGGGCCAGCUACCUGUCUAGUCAUGGAGGAUUAAGGACGCCACCCCCUCACCCACCACCACGGUACCCCCACCCCCCUGUGGACCUCCACCAUGAAGCCCCUCUCAACCUGUCACUUAGCAAUCCUGGGGAGAGACAGGGGCGCAGUGCCAGCCCACUCAGUCGGCCCUCUGUGAUUACGUGUGCCACUGUUCCAGAGCGCCGAUAUGACUCUGCCAGCAAUGGCUCCCUCAGUCCCAGUGGAAAGGAUUCAGAAGCCGCUAUUGACCCAGCCAUAGAGGAGCAUUUCCGGCGGUCAUUGGGCCACAAGUACCCUCAGUUCCUGGUGAAGUCUCAGUCAGUGACGCCAUCUCCACCCCCUCCUCCGCCAGCUAUAUCACAUGCCAUCUCUCACAUACUCCCACCAUCGCCACGAGAACGAACAGCUUCACCCGUCGCAAACAGGACAUCCCCUCCCGAAACAAACGGACACAAAAAUGUCUCCAUUACUGGCUCAGUAGAUGAUCAUUUUGCUCGGGCGCUCGGCGACAGCACAUGGUCAGCGUUAAAGGCCAAGACCGGUCCUGGGGAGCCCCCAGAGCCUGGGUCUGUAGACGACCACUUCACCAAGGCCUUAGGGGACACCUGGCUCAAACUCAAGGCAGAGAAGGACCCUGCUCCUCGAUCCCAAGGAGGGGCCUCUCACCAAUUUUCCCUCCCCCAUGGAAUGCCCCAGCCCCUAGGGCGGCCAGGACCCACCAGUUUACCACACCAACUACCACAGAGGCCCACAUCAGCCUCCCCGCCCUCACACCACUCACCGAUUAUAUCCACCUGAAUACUCUUCAGAAAGUGAGUCAGAGGAGGAUGUUGUGCCAUGUGACUUCUAAAGUCAUUUGUUAAAGAUGCUUGUACAAGCCCCUUGACUGGGUCGUACCUAAACAGAGCAGAGUGGAUGGCUUUGGAGAGCAACAGAGUUCCAAAUACAGUUUUUGUUUUCAAAACAAGCCUUGAUGAGAAGUUCCAUUCUGAAGAGUGUAUCUGUGAGACCUGUACUCUAAAACAUUGUGAGCAGGGUUUUUAUAUAAAUAAACUCCAGAAGGAAAACAAUGGACUUGUAAAAAGGUUGCAAUGGAUGAAGCAAUGACACACAAUCUUAAGACUGCCAAACCUGAUGCCGUGCAGGGGAAUGAAGUGUCAUACAUGUAUUUUUGACCAUUGGUCAGUAACUGUUGAGAAUUUAUGGUCAGUGUCUCAUCGCCUUACAUUCUGUGCCUCAUGUAUUUUUUUUUUACUUUGAACUAUAGUUGAAACAUUUUGCUAGAGUUUCAUCCUUUGUGGAUUGUGUACAUAAUAUGCAUGGUUUUGCUAUGUAGUAUGUGCUAAACAUAAAAAAGCUAUGAUUGAUUAAUUCUGCAACUUGUUAAUAUGCUUAUCAGUCCAGAAGGUCAUGAUUAACAUGCAUUGAAUUGUCAAGCUUAAGUUUAGGGAGUGUAUGUAUUCAGUUAUUUUGAUACAAAAUUUCACUGCAAAGAUGAACACUUUUUCAAGCCAUAGCUAUUUAGCUACAAAUUGUCAGGACUUGAAUCAUUUGUAAAAAAGUAUAAGGUGUUUUAUUUCAAUAUGUUUUGAAGCAGUUCAUGUCAUUUUUGUUGUAAAUAUUUUCAUGAUCAUUAUUUAUUUGAAUUGCUCAUGAAUGCACAAGCAUGCACAAGUUUGUUGUAAGGAAAUUGAAGUAACAUAAACAUCAUGUCCAUGUACAAGUUAUGAUUAUAUUGGGUUGAAAACACUGCCAGUGUAUGUUCUGCCAUAUUUUGUUCAAAAUUCUACAAGUUUUUUCCAUUCAUUGGUAAAAUAAGCAGAAAAUGCUGAUUCAUGUUGUUUCCAUUAUAUCAUGAUUGUGUUAAAUAUGUUAUGUUACUGUUUUGUACUAAAUGAUUUAUGCUCAAUUAAAAUAAUCUCAAAUUUA